CUGCAGGACAACUCCCACGUACUUGAGUACCUGUUCCAAAGUGGUAGAAGCGACAUAUCUCAUCAACAGUCUUGCGCAACAUCCCACAAUCACGAUGGUUCAACUUCUAAGUAUCAGGCACAUAGCUUGCCUUGCAGCUUGCGUCCUCCUCGCAAGCCCGGCUAAUGCAGCACCGGUGGAAACUCCCGAAGCGCUGUCUCAGCGCGGUGCCGCAGCCACGACUGGAAAGCGCAUCAUUCUCUGGGAGACAAGCUUAGCACCCCAGAUGAACAGCAAACCGGCGCUUAAGAACUCAGCGAACUUGCUAGCCUCAUCGACCGUCAUCCACUCGAUAACGAACUGGGACACGAAGCGACCUGCAGAGUUGACCACCAAGCUACCGUUCCGUCCAAUGGUGCGCACACCACAACAACUCAGCGGCACCGAGUGGAACAACCUCAUCUCGACGAUAUCGUCGCAGAAGAACAGUAUCGUGCACUUCUACAACGAGCCUGAACUAAACGGCAUCAGCGCCGCGGACGCGGUAGCGAAAUGGCGAUCAAGCAUGCUCCCUCUGCGACAGAAAUACGGCGCGAAGCUCGUCGCACCCGGCAUCUCGAGCGCCCCCAACGGCGCGACGUGGCUGCAGUCGUUCAUGGGCAUGCUAGCCGCCAACGAAAAGCCGGACUACCUCAACCUGCACUUCUACACGCUGCAGAACAGCGCCAGCACCCAGGAAGUCCAGUACGCGAAGACGUACUUCACCGACAAACAUAACCAGUACAAGCUGCCCAUCAUCGUCGGCGAGAUCGCGAGUAUCAACCGCGACGGGAACCAAGUCGUCACAUUCACCAAGCAGAUGUCGAGCUGGUUCGAUGGUCAGAGCUGGAUCGCCGAGUAUGGCUUCUUCGGCGUGUCGACUCAGGUCGUCAAUAGUUUCGUGAGCCCCGCCGCGCAGAUGCUCGAUGCGAAUGGCAACUGGACGCCUCUUGGCAAAUGGUGGAUUGGAAAAUAAAGGGGGGCAAAAGGAAAACGGGACUGGGUUAUGGGUUUAUGCAGGGACGGAGUGACGGGACUCGGAGUUUUUUAUGUCUUUUUCUCUUUCUUCUUCUCUGCUGAGAUGAUAUGGUUGCUUGCAUGAUGUUGUACAACAUCAUUUACAUUAUCUGCACAUAUUUUUUACUUGAAAACCUUGUACAUUUAGUACCUACCUACCUCUUCUUGUAUAUAUUACCUACUUCAUUCUAUGAUGUAUACUUAGGUACAAUCUAUGACUGCGAUUAUUCGUGUCUGCGUGCCUGUUUUUGAGGUGAUAUGGUUAAUAGGUGCUGUGCCGACUUCUUUGUUCGUUUUCUAGUUUGAUCGGAUCGGUCUCGCCGAGAUAGAAUUUAUUGUGGCUGUUAUGAUAUGAG